GCAGUGAAAACAAAGAGAAUGGAAUAUGUUGGCUAUAACUUUGGUCCUGAAGCUCCUAGAGUAUCCAGUUUAUGCCAAUAUUUUGUUGGAGUGUUAAACAAAAAAACAAAAUGUAUGAAAUUACAUAAAACUCAAUUAUUUAACUUACGACCAGUGAUAGAAGUUACAGAAAAAGAAUCAACAGAAAAUGAAACAACUUACAAACAAAAGGUUAACUUUUUCUUAUUUUGUUUAACUAUUAUAUUGUCAACCAGUUUUGAUGGCAUAAAUGAAAUAUUUAAUUUACUUUUUUUUCAUGGAUAUAGAUAA